UUUAAACCAAGGCGGGACGCUCUGCUUCAGUCACUUUGGAUAGUGUAUUUGUUGCUGAAACAUCACUUAACUUUUCGGGUUGUCGCUAAAAUGGUGAGGACUAAAGCCGACAGUGUUCCCGGAUCAUACAGAAAAGCUGUUGCAGCUUCUGCUCCCCGGAAGUCUCUGGGCUCCAGUUCAGCCAACUCCUCCUCCAGCAGCCAGUCCUCCACACCUGCAAAGAACAAAUAUGCUGGUGGUAACCCAGUGUGCCCUCGCCCCACUCCGACCUGGCAGAAGGGCAUCGGGGACUUCUUUGGUGGUCCCCCCAGGAAGCCUGAAAAGGAGAACCAGAGACCCCAGGAGGCUGAGGAUGAUGAAGAGGCCGGAGGCAGCGGGAUGUCAAGGGCCAGCAGGAAGUCCAGACCCCUACCUGCUGAGGAUGACGAGGACGAAGACUGAAGACGAUGAAUGAGAUAUGUGUGUGACUGCUGGUCCUGUUUACUGCCUCCACUCGUGCUCAGUGGCAUUUUAAUGUACAUCUGUAUAUAAUUUCUGCAGAAUUCAUUUUGUAUAGUUCAUUAAACAUGUUUUUUAAGACUUUUAA